GAAUAUUUGUCCCUCGCACCGAGCGGAAGUCAGCACGCUGUACCUUCCAGAGAGGAUCAGCCAGCCACACGUGUUUGUGUUCGAGCAGCAACGUGGAGACUGCUAAAUCGUGAACAGAGGACAAUUAAUUACAGAUACCUUCUCUACCUUCCCACAUUUGGAGUUCUCCUGCGCCACCAUGAAGUACAUCCUGGUUACGGGUGGUGUCAUCUCUGGUAUUGGUAAGGGCAUAAUCGCAAGCAGCGUCGGAACCAUCCUCAAGUCCUGCGGCCUUCACGUCACAGCCAUCAAAAUCGACCCCUACAUCAACAUAGAUGCUGGGACCUUUUCACCAUAUGAGCAUGGCAAGUCAUUUUCCUUGAAAUUUCCUUCAUCCUGCGAAGUGUUUGUUCUCGAUGAUGGCGGGGAGGUGGAUCUAGACUUGGGAAACUAUGAGCGAUUCCUGGAUAUCCGCCUAAUUAGAGACAAUAACCUCACCACAGGAAAGAUCUACCAGUCUGUGAUCAACAAGGAGAGGAGAGGAGACUAUCUGGGCAAGACUGUGCAAGUGGUACCCCACAUCACAGACGCCAUUCAGGAAUGGGUUAUGAAACAGGCGAAGAUUUCAGUAGAUGACGAUGGUGUGGAACCCCAAGUGUGCGUUAUAGAGCUGGGAGGCACCGUAGGAGACAUUGAGAGCAUGCCUUUCAUUGAGGCCUUCAGACAGUUCCAGUUCAAGGUGAAGAGGGAGAACUUUUGCAACAUCCACGUCAGCUUGAUCCCGCAGCCCAAAACGACAGGAGAACAGAAAACCAAACCCACCCAGAACAGUGUCCGAGAGCUCCGGGGGCUGGGCCUGUCACCAGAUCUGAUCGUGUGCCGCUGCACCACGCCGCUGGAGACGUCCGUCAAGGAGAAAAUCUCCAUGUUUUGUCAUGUGGAACCUACACAGGUGAUCUGUGUCCACGACGUGUCCUCCAUUUACCGAGUGCCUCUUCUGCUGGAGGACCAGGGGGUGGUCAACUACCUGCGCCAGCGCUUGAACCUUCCCGUGGAGAUGAGGCAGAGGCAGAUGCUCACAAAGUGGAAAGAGAUGGCCGACAGGUCUGACCGUCUGCUGGAGCAUGUUUCCAUAGCCCUGGUGGGAAAGUACACAAAGUUAUCAGACUCUUACACGUCUGUUAUUAAAGCCUUGCAGCACUCGGCCCUCGCCAUUAAUCACAAACUGGAGGUGAAGUACGUAGACUCGGCAGACUUGGAGGUGAAAACUAUGCAGGAGGAACCUGUGAAAUACCACGAGGCGUGGCAGAAACUCUGCAGUGCUGAUGGCGUUUUGGUUCCUGGAGGUUUUGGCGUGAGGGGAACAGAGGGGAAGAUGCUGGCCAUCAGCUGGGCACGGAAACAGAACAAGCCCUUUCUGGGAGUCUGUUUGGGCAUGCAGCUGGCAGUCUGCGAAUUUGCACGAAAUGUUCUGGGAUGGGAAGAUGCCAACUCCACAGAGUUUAAUCCUGAAACCAAACACCCAGUGGUGAAUCCAGAGCUGAAGCACCACUUUGAAGCAAAGGGACUUCAUUUUGUUGGUCAGGAUGUUGAAGGAGAGAGAAUGGAGGUCAUCGAAUUGGAGGACCACUGUUACUUUGUUGGAGUGCAGUAUCAUCCGGAGUUCACCUCCAGACCCAUCAAGCCCUCCCCUCCAUACUUUGGUCUCCUGCUGGCCGCUGCUGGAAAACUGCAGAGCUAUCUGGCUAAGGGCUGUCGCCUCUCUCCACGGGACACUUACAGCGACCGCAGUGAAAGCAGCUCCCCUGAGGUGGACAUCUUGGAGCUGAAGCUGGCCUCUUUGUAUAUCAACAGGCAAACUCUGGAAGUUCACACCCCUGCUCAGCCCGACUCCUGCACUGGCUGGCAGGAGCAGUUCAGCAUCAGAGCACCAAUGGACCUGACUCUGUGGCAGUAUCAGUUCAGGAUCAUCAUGCUGGGGGACUCAACUGUGGGGAAGUCCUCCCUACUCAAGCGCUACACCGAGGACAUGUUUCUGGAGUCCAUUAACCAGACUGUAGGUGUGGACUUCUACGUUCACUUCCUGGAGGUGGAGCCGGGCGUCCGUGUCAAGCUGCAGUUCUGGGACACAGCCGGGCAGGAGAGGUUCAGGUCAGUGACCCGCUCUUACUACCGCAACUCAGUCGGGGGCCUCCUGGUGUUCGACAUGACCAGCCGUGACUCCUUUGACCAUAUUAAGGAGUGGCACGCCGAGGUGUGCGAGAGAGUGCAGCCUCACAAGGUUUUGUUCGUGCUGGUGGGUCAGAAGAGCGACCGGGACGCUCACGGGGAGAGGGCGGUCAGGCGAGAGGAGGCGGAGAAGCUGGCCGGCAGGCUGGGGAUGCCCUACAUAGAGGCCUCCGCAAAGAGCGGCCACAACGUGAGGGAGUCCUUCGAGCUGCUGACCCGCCGGGUGUACCAGGGCCUGCUGAGCGGAGAGGUGCAGCUGAUGGAGGGCUGGGACGGCGUGAAGUGCGCCGCCCCGCAGGCGCUGCGGCUACAGAGAGCCAGCGGUUCUAAACCCGGCACAGCCCCCGGGAACAACAAGAAGUGUUGCGGGUAAACAGCCUGCACAGUGGACUCCUGUCUCUGUGGGUCCUAAACAGCCCAUCAGAAAGCUGGUGCACUAUGUAACCAUCACGGCAUUUUUACACUUUUUGUAAUGUACACAGCUCAAGAGAAUUAAUUAACUUUUUUUUCUUUUUCUUUUUUUGAUAAGCUGACAUUUGUUUCCAAGAUGUACAUCAAUGUAUAUCUUUACUUGUAACAUGAGGCUUAAGGUGUGCCUAAAAAGCCUCUAGAGUCGGGCUGAGUUCUAACAGCAUAGGCUAUAGAUUUUUGUAUUUGUUGGACUCAUGGUUUAAUUAACAUUUUGUGAUAUGUAAGGCCCACAGCUUAUCAGACUAAUGGACUUAUGAGGUCAUUUCUUGCCUCUGUUCAGAGGGGGCUGGGGUUGUAAAGGUGACAUACAGUAGUCAGUGCUUUCUCCUUAAUUAGCCUAAUAGGUGCUAAAAAUGUGAAUGUUUUGUUACCACAUUCCCUUUGAGGGCAGGGGAUAACAUAUUUUCUCUACUAUUGAUUUUUGUAAUGUAAGAUCUGCAGUCUAUGCUGGAAAGGAGAUUUUCAGCCUUAGAAAGAGCAAAAGAUAUAUUUGGGAGGUUAGUAAGUGUGGGAUUUUUUCUUUUAAUUAGGAAAGUAGUCUGUAUUUUUUACUAAGAGAGCAAGAAAAUCUAUCUUUGUUACACGUCCAUAUGGUGGGAGCCACUGAGACAGAGACAUUUGUUUCCAUUAGGAACGAUUUCAGAAAAAAAAAUCUGUUUUAUAUAUGCUACUUGUUCAGUCUAUAACAGGCAAUUAAGGUACUGAGGGACUUGGUUUGAAUUAGAAACUUCCCUUUUAUGUGUACAUAAAGUCCAUUCACUAAUAAAUCAGAGAAUCUUGUGUUUUAUUCAAGUAAUGUUUAAAUUUAAUUAAAAAACUAUUCGGUG